GGCGCGGCCUGCCCCGUCCCCGCCCCUCGUCGCGGCGGUCGCCUCGCCCCGCCCGGCCCGGCCUAGGCCCAGCGCGGAGCGGAGCGGCGGCCAUGGCGGUGAAGGCCCUCAACCCCAAGGCGGAGGUAGCCCGUGCUCAGGCCGCGCUGGCGGUGAACAUCAGCGCGGCCCGCGGGCUCCAGGACGUGCUGAGGACCAACCUGGGCCCUAAGGGCACCAUGAAGAUGCUGGUGUCGGGGGCUGGAGACAUCAAGCUGACCAAAGAUGGCAACGUGCUGCUGCAGGAAAUGCAAAUACAACACCCCACAGCCUCCUUGAUAGCAAAAGUAGCAACAGCACAAGAUGACAUCACUGGAGAUGGUACCACUUCAAAUGUCUUGAUCAUUGGAGAACUCCUAAAGCAGGCAGAUCUCUAUAUUUCUGAGGGUUUGCACCCUAGAAUAGUAGCAGAAGGAUUUGAGAUUGCAAAGGAAAAAGCACUUGAAGUUUUGGAGCAGGUCAAGGUAACCAAGGAAAUGGACAGGGAGACCCUUAUAGAUGUUGCCAGAACAUCCCUCCGUACUAAAGUUCAUGCCGAGCUUGCUGACAUCCUAACAGAGGCUGUAGUUGAUUCUGUUUUGACAGUCAGAAAACCAGAUGAGCCUAUUGACCUCCACAUGGUAGAGAUUAUGGAGAUGAAGCACAAAUCAGAAACUGACACAACGCUGAUUAGGGGGCUGGUUUUGGAUCAUGGUGCUCGUCAUCCUGACAUGAAGAAAAGAGUGGAAGAUGCUUAUGUUCUUACUUGUAACGUAUCUCUAGAAUAUGAGAAAACAGAGGUGAGCUCUGGAUUCUUCUAUAAAAGUGCUGAAGAGAGAGAGAAGCUAGUGAAAGCAGAAAGAAAGUUCAUUGAAGACAGAGUGAACAAAAUCAUAGACUUGAAAAGAAGAGUCUGUGGCGAUUCAGAUAAAGGAUUUAUUGUGAUCAACCAGAAGGGAAUUGACCCAUUUUCCUUGGAUGCACUUGCAAAAGAAGGAAUAGUUGCUUUGCGGAGAGCUAAAAGGAGGAACAUGGAAAGACUGACCCUUGCAUGUGGCGGUACUGCCAUGAACUCUGUGGAGGAUCUCACUCCUGACUGUCUGGGACACGCAGGGCUUGUCUAUGAGUAUACACUGGGUGAAGAGAAAUACACCUUUAUUGAGAAAUGUGACAACCCCCGCUCUGUUACCCUGUUGAUCAGGGGACCAAAUAAGCAUACGCUAACACAAAUCAAGGAUGCAGUAAGAGACGGUCUGCGUGCCGUUAAAAACGCCAUUGAGGAUGGAUGUGUGGUUCCAGGAGCAGGUGCACUAGAAGUGGCAGUAGCUAAUGCUCUUGUGAAGCAUAAACCUAAUGUAAAAGGAAGAGCCCAGCUUGGAGUUCAAGCUUUUGCUGAUGCCCUGCUCAUCAUUCCUAAGGUUCUCGCUCAGAACUCUGGUUACGAUCCCCAGGAAACACUAGUGAAGGUUCAGACAGAGCAUGCAGAAUCGGGGCAACUCACUGGAGUUGAUCUGAACACUGGUGAACCAAUGGUAGCUGCAGCAGCGGGAAUCUGGGAUAAUUAUAACGUCAAAAAGCAACUGCUUCAUUCAUGCACGGUCAUCGCUAGCAACAUUCUCUUGGUGGAUGAAAUUAUGCGAGCUGGAAUGUCCUCUCUUAAAGGCUGAGUUGGAUCUGCUCUUGUCGAUGGUGGUCAGCUCCCAUCAUGCCCCAUGGAAUGUCUUUAAGAAAUCCACCCGAAGGCGCUCUUUUCUUAGCUGUAGUGGAUUUUCUCAGCAAUGGAAAUUACUCUGCUGUAACGAGCAGCCCCUCUUUGUAAACAUGGCCACUCAAAAAUGUUAGCAACUAUUCAAAUAUUUGGCUCUAAAAAUCAGUUAUUUAUUUUUAAUUUCACUGAAGUAUACAACUGAAGUUGCUUUCCUUUUUACCCAAUAAACUGUUAUGUUCUGUG